AUAAUAAUAAUAAUGAGGAGACUCCUGUAAAUGCUGAAGAGAUUGAAUUGGCGAAGAAUAUUAUAGAUUUAAUUAAUAGACACCAGAUUUCAGGUUUUACACAAAUUGAAACUACGCAGGAACUAAUAUUUGAAGACGAAACAGGAGAACCAUUGGUAUUAUCUGACAUCGAGCCGAAUGAUGAACAAUUAUCGUCAGGAUCACAAAUAUUCGAUAAGACAUAUGAGAAUUCGUUUGAUGGUAACUUGGAAAAAGAAUACUGCAUUAUAGACAUGAAAUAUAAGGAGGACGCCGUUAAUUUUUGGAGAAGUGGUAAACGAAAAAACUUAUCUGUGGGAACAGUGAAGAAUAAAUACAAAAAGGUGACAUCUUUGAAGCAAUUAUGUAGAUGGAAAGAACAAAUAGAUAAUGGAGGAUCCCGUAAUGAUAAAUUGGAAUGUAUAGCAAAAGCCACAUUAACCAAAUUCAUGGAAGCACGAAAUCAAAAAAUGAUAGUGCAUGAUAUUGACUUAAAAAGAUGGGCACUACAAGAAAAUCAAAAAUUAAAUCUAGAAAGAUUUCAAGCGACAACACAUUGGCUAUGGAAUUUAAAAACAAAAUACGGUAUCGUCUCAAGAAAAACGACAAAAUUUGUCACGCGCAAUUAUAACGAGAAUGUAGAUAUUAUAAAUAAAAGUGCAGAAAAUUUUAUUCUUGAUGUUAGACAGUAUUUCCAAAAUCACGAGGAAGCCUGCAUUUAUAAUACGGACCAAAGUGGAUUUCAAUUAGAGAUGCAUUCCGGAAGAACAUUAUCAUGGAGAGGAGAGAAAGCGACGAAAACAUUAAUACAAUCAUCAUCGGCAGUAACACAUAGUUACACAAUUCAGCCAACAAUUUCGGCAGAUGGAAAACUACUUUCACCUCUAUUUCUUGUGUUGAAAGAAAGUGGCGGGCAAUUAGGACCACGGGUACAAGAUCAUUUAUUUAAACCAUCGAAUAUUAUAAUUGGGGCGUCAUCAUCAGGAAAACUAAAUAAAGAACUCUUAAAAACGUGGCUCACCGAAGCAUUCCUCCCAAAUAUGCCAGAGAGAGCAGUAUUGUUGUUUGAUUCCUGGAAUGGCUAUGAUGAGGCUAUGAUACAUGAUGAAAUUCCAGAAGGGAAAAAACUUGAGAUUUUGAAGAUACCGAAAAACACAACAGGGCUUGUUCAACCAUUAGAUGUAUACGGCUUCCGCAUUUGGAAAAAUUUUGCCAGGAAACUUUCUGAUUUAGCCAUUAAUUUAUCCAUUGACAUUAAUUUGUUUUCUAGAAAUAACAUAAUUAUGUUACAGUCAUUAAUUCAUAAUCAAUUGUCUAGCCCCAGAUAUAGAAAUUUAUUCAAAUAUGCAUGGUAUCGAUGCGGAUAUACAAAUAUUAGGCCAACAGAAUUUGAAAAUCCAGUGCAGUUUUGUUUUACAAAUAUAGACGUAAUAAAAUGUUCCCUUUGUAAUGAUGUAGUUGCGUUAAGAUGUUCAUGGUGCCGAAAUCAUUUGUGUUUUAAACAUUAUUUUCAGGAAUACCACUUUUGUGAAAAAUAUAUUGAAUAAUUGAGAGAAUGCCGUAGAGUAGAGCCUCAACAUUAAAAACAACUCUUUUCAGAGUUCCCAUAUAUUUUCAAACGUAAAGGAACUCAAGUAUAAUUAUACAAUAAGAACACGAAGUUAGAAGUUCUCUUGUGGCUGUAUUAAUUGUACAUACGGAGUAUUUUGUUGAAAUUCCCAGGACUUCAAUCGAAAAGGAUUAAUACCUGUCUAAUAUUUCGCAUUUCUGUAAAACCAGUAAAACGUGGCAAUAGGAACAGUUGUUAUAUCUAUCGUGCAGACUAAAAAACUAAAGGACUCAUAAAACAAUAUUUAUUACAAUCAUAAAACUAUAUUAAUUUCAUAAAAACACUCAAGGCGUAAGCGAACUGAAAUUGAAGUUUGCAAUUGAAGAUGGUAAUAUGAAAUAGAUUACAGAUAUUUUAUUAAUAAAUAGUGGAAAGAAAC